GCAAACUUUUCAACGCGCGUAAAAAUCAGUAAGUAUAAGUGGAACGAAAAGAAUGUUAAUAAAUAGUCAGUGUCAUAUUAGGAGCGGCAGUGUUUAAUGUGUUCUUUUAUCAUAUUUCACUUGGAAACCGUAUAAAUAAAACAACGGAGGAUAGGGAGUGUUCGGGUAAUUCAUCAUGGGUGACUUUGCCGCACAUACCUUCGAGGGGGUUCUAUUUCUCUGUGUUGGUUUAUGGUGGACAUUCCACAUAUUUCGAAGGUACCUACAGACGACACAAACUGGCGAACAAUAUAGAUCGUAUCUUUCCUAUCACGUGACCAUAAAAGGAAGACACGUUCCCUUCGAGACGCUGUUUUUCAAGACGUUUUGUCCCUUCGUAGGAUUGGUGACAGAUCUCCUCAAUGAGCGUUUCACGUUUAUCAACGAGGAAGGACAUUUUAUACACAUUGUUGGCCUGCAGCACAUCGUCAUACAUACGUUAUUUGUAUUGCACGGGGUAUCAGAUCUGAUGGAAUACUAUAAACUGCCCACCAUCAAAGGCAUGAAAUAUUUCACGUUUUGUUUGUCGUUCUUUUGGUUCAGUCUAGAAUUCUUCUUCCACAGCGAUCCUAACAUGCAUAAACCUCCGUUAGAAAACGAGCUGCACAGGCUAGGAAUACCGCUAACAGCUUUAGUAGGUUUGGCAGUUCUAGCCGAGUUUUAUCAAAGGGAACAAAUUCUUCCACAGCUCCUGCGCUGCUUGUGUGCCCUAACGCUUGGCACUUGGUAUAUUUACAUGGCACACGUGCUCUUCCUACCAACACCAUUUCCAGGUCGGCUUCUAAACCCGGACUGGGACCAGAACGAUGAAACAAAUGUUCACUUUAUCAUUGCUGCGUUUGGUCUACAUUUGAUAUUCAAUCUAAUGUUUAUGAUGAUAUCAUUUGUUACAAUGUCUGUUUGUUCUAAAUUUAAUUUCUUUAAGAGACUGAUUGGUGAACAUACAAACAAUUAUUCUUAUAUUUCCUUAAAAGAGGAAUCUGAUUUCACCCCGGAAAAGGACAGUUUGAUCCUAAAUGAAAUUUGAUUUGUCAAGUGUUAUUUCAAGGGGUUAAAAUAGGUAUAUGGCAUUAAGAAAUUGGAGCACCAUGUCUUCGUAAGAAGGGCUGUGGUCGUACAUUACAGCAAAAUGGACCAUCAACGUUUCAAUGAAGGUGGCAUAUGUUAAACGUUCUAAAAAAUUACUCAUUAUAUUAUUUAUUACAUACAGAAAAUCAAAUGACUGAACAUUAUUUACUGUUACAGGCUUCUUGAAAUUGAUCAUUCCAGUUCAGUCUCUUCAUCUACUCAUUGUCAAACCGAAAAACAAAACAUCAAAGGUCUAGAAAAGACUUAUAUAUUGUGCAUUAUACUAUUUGUAAAAGAUUUAGUAUAUUUUGGAUGUGUUUUCACUCUGUUUAAUUUAAUGUCGACAUACAGCGCAUUUAGUUGUGCCGAAGAUAAAGUUGAAGUCCCGUAUGGCUAAUACCAAUGCAUUUAUUUCACGAUGUGUCAAAGUUAAACUUUAUGUUUUUAUUAAGACGUGGCCAAGCCUUGCAAACAAAACACAACUAUACAAAGUUCACCAAAUUGCGUUCGAAAUAGCAAUAUAGCUCCAGUCUUUCAAUAUAUAUAUAUAGUAUAUUUGCAGAUGUAAAUGAACGUAAAGUUACAUGUAUAUAGUAUUUUUCAAACAAUGCCAAGAUAUCUAGCGCUAAUGCCCUCUCCAAAUAUAUUUUUAAGUCGAAUUUCCGUUUUUUUUUUUUUUUUUUUUUUUUUUAAAGUUUAGUCCGUUGGGAUUUGAAAUGCCGAGUUUAAGCCUAAUUCAUAUAUCAUUUAAAUAGUUAAACCAUGGGCCAAACUAUAUGAGCAGCUAUUCAGUAUAGUAAACAUACUUUGUGAGUUAUCUAUAACUAAACACUGUACUCGUAUAUAACUAAUUGAGUCACUAGCUGUUAACAAUAAUUAUAACGAAUAACUAUACUUUAAGAAGUUCGAAAUCUAAAUCAGGUCUAUUUAUUGCCAGAAACACUCUUCAUUCUUAUUCUGGGAUGACAUUAGGGUUGAUUCAUCCAAUAAAUUGAAGCCCCUUUCAAUAGAAACCUCAAAAAGUGACUGUCCUAUGACAUGUUCUCGUAAUCCGAAAUGACCUAAUUAAACUAGAAAUCUCUAAAAGCGGAACUUUUUCUGUACGAUUCCAAGGGGUUUACUGCAGUAAUGUCAAUUUAACUACUGAAAUUCUUGUGGCAUGGAAGUUAAAUGAUCAAAACUUAGGAAAAUAAACAAAACAAUUUGAAAUGUGAAUGAAGUAGAACUUUGUAUUACUAAUAGUUGGAUGGUGCUCGUGAUAUCAGUGGUAAAUGUGAAUCUGUGAACUUAUUUAUAGUGUACAUGUUAAUAUUAAUACUGAUACGUGCAUAUGUUUUAUAGCCUAAAGUGUUUAAUGGCACAGAACUCUACAUCUCUAAUUGUUGGAAGGAGUGUAAGUGAUAUCUGUGUUAAAGUGUUUUAGUGUGUACAUGUGUUUACUCAGUGCAUCAGGAGUGGAAGUUUCAUGCAUGUUCGUGACAUCUUGUUUAUCAAGAAACUUUUAUAUUGUAUGAAGUGAGUGAGCGUUUUACUUUGAAGUCGUAUGUUUUGUGUGAUGGCAAAAUUACCCGCAAUAACCUUAAAAUACACUUUGACAAAAUAGUUUAUUAACUCUAAUUCUAUUCCUUACAUUUUGAAUAUUGACAUUUUUGUCAGCUAGAGAUGUUAACAUGAGUUUGUACGUUUUAUUGAAAUAAAGAUAAAUAAUA